AUGGAGGAAUCCACCAAGUCGCCGAGUCUCGACGAGAAGGCCGCCAAACACAAGUAUGCAACUCACGCCAUCGAUGAAAAGAAAAAAGCCAUCCUCGAAGCAUGCAGUCAAAGGGACCUAGACGCUCUGAGAGCGCUUGCGCUGUCACCUGGGGGCUUCUUGGCCGAUAGCAUCCGCCAGCAGGCAUGGCCGAUACUCCUCGGACUCCCCUCCGAACACGCCAAAACAGAAUCCGGUGCCAAUGGGACAGCUUCGACCUCCACAUGGGAAUCCCUCCCGCGCCAUCGAGACGAGGACCAAGUCCAACUGGAUGUCAACCGCGCCUUCAUCUACUACCCAGAGCACCAAACCGACGCCCAACUCGCCCACGCCAAAACCCUUCUCUCCUCCCUCAUCGUCUCCGUCCUCCGCACCCACCCCUACCUCUGCUACUUCCAAGGCUACCACGACAUCGCCCAAGUCCUCCUCCUCACCCUCCCCCCCAAACUCCACCAACCCAGCCUAACCCACCUCUCGCUCUUCCACAUCCGCGAUUUCAUGCUGCCCUCCCUCGGCCCGGCCAUCGCCCAGCUCCGGCUCAUCCCCGACAUCCUGCGGCUCGCCGACCCCCCGCUCUGGCGCCACCUCUCGGGGACGGAGCCCUUCUUCGCCCUGUCCGGCACGCUGACCAUGUACGCGCACGACGUGACGACGCAGGGCGAGAUCGCGCGCCUGUUCGACGCGCUGCUGGCCGCCGCCGCCACGCCGGGCCCGGUCUUUUCGGUAUACCUGUUCGCCGCCAUCGUGCGCGCCCGCCGCGCCGAGCUCUUCGACACGCCCCCCGACGAGCCCGAGAUGCUGCACAGCAUCCUCUCGAAGCUGCCCGUGCCGCUCGACUUGGAGGGCUUGAUUGCCCAGGCGGUGAGACUGCAGGCCGAGUUUCCGCCCGAGCGGUUGCCGGCGUGGAGGAAGGGGGUGUCGAGGUGGAGUGUGCUCAAGACGGGGCGGCCCCGGGGUGGAGGGGGUGGGGAGGGUUUGGUGGCAGAGCAGGGACGGGUGUGGUUUGAGAGGCAGGUGAGGGAGUUGAGGUGGCAGGAGGCGAAGGGCCGGGCGGGGAAGUGGGUGUGGAGGCAUCGCCGGCCGGCGGGGAUGGUCGGGGUCGCGGUGCUGGUGGGAGUGCUGGCGGUGCUGUUGCGGAGGGGGCCGUUGCCCGGUCCGGUGGUGUCCGGGCUGGGGUGGGUGUCGGGGUGGUUGGCGAGGUGGUGGCGGUAG